AUGUUUGUCUGUUUCUUGUUAGGCAGUGCUGUGGCCUAUAACAUAGUCAUGAUUAUUUAUCGUCUUUAUUUUCACAAGCUCAGCAGGUUCCCAGGACCUCGCCUUGCUGCCGCAACAGGGUUGUAUGAGAUUUACUUUUCUGCCUGGGGACCUGGCAUUUUUGAGUAUGAGAUUGACAAUAUGCACCGAAAGUUUGGUCCUGUUGUUCGUAUUACUCCCGAUGAGAUUCACAUCCAAGAGCCGUGCUGGACUUCCAGCUAUUCCGAUGGCUGGAUCAAAGGUACCGGAGAGCUGGAAUCGGGCCAUUAUCAAGGUCGCAGCGUCCAUAGUUCCCAGUACAAGAAACCGUCAAUCUCCCGAGCACGACCUCUGCUUCGGGUAGAGGUCAAUCAUAUUAUUGACACCUUGAUUGAGAAGCACCAAGUGCAUAGGAUUUUUAGCUCAAGGAUGCGAUGUCGGGUUAAACUUAGCUUGCGAGGUAUCUCCGUCAGUUUCUCCGACUGGCUGAACCUUCUUUUCACUCCAGGGAGAGACAAGAAAUAG